AUGUCACAAUUUCGAACCACAGAUGCAUUCUAUGAUGUGCCAUCCAGAUGGGCCACUGCCAAUGCCAAUGCUGGAGAAAGAGGUAUAGAAAAUCCAGAAGACGCAAACCAUUUCCUUCAUGAAGCACCUGAAUCUGUACAGAUUUUGUUUGAUGCAUUGCUGGCGGAAGGUGUUGUGGAAGGCCCAAGAAUCCAUGAAAGCGUUUUUCUGAGAUCCUGGUACGUACAUCACUUACAUGCACCGCAAUGUUUUCAAUAUCGUGUGAUCGAAAUCAAUGGUCACUGGAGACAUUGGUACAAUGAUAUUGUAAGUGCAUGGCGUAAUCGAGUGCUCCCAGGAGAACAAGCCAUCUUUGAUAUUGUACACCCAAACCCGCCUAGAUCAGGAGCUCCACCAGAAGGUUUUAUGUUUGACAUCAUCCUUACUCAGGGAUUGGACGCACCCAGGCGAGGGGGUUUGAUCACAAUUCUCCAACGAGAUGACAUCGCGCAGCGAGCCCAUCAUGCUGUUGCCGCGUCGUUGCCAGAAGUUGUCAGUGGCUAUCAACUGGUUCAAAGUGCAGAAUCCACACAUGAAUGCAACUUUCACCAAUGUAUCAACAGGCAUGGCAGGAUUAGAUUGCCUUACACCAUGACACCAGUGCACCACAUGCAGGAUGGCGAUUCUUUCACAGUUGCCAUCCACACCCGUCAUCCGGAUGCAAAUGCCAGUAUGGUAAACUCUUCCCAUGACAUGCAUGUGCACGAAACAGAGCAGGGAAAUGGUGAAUGUACAGAUCAGGCAGACGUUCCUUUCCAAGAGGAAGCAGAUCAUGAACCGGGAGAUGAGUCUCCAGUACCAUCUCCUAGUGUGGUCAGUUCUUCAGACCUCCAACAGGGAGUUCACAUACAUCGAUUGGGACAUCAGCAGAUCUUUGGACGCCCAAGAUGGGACACAGUGGAACAUGCCUUGCGUGAUAUUGCAGUGUUAAUCGGGGAGCCUUUUCACCAGCUCAUGCAUUUACAUCAUUUGCAAACAGCACCAAUGGAUUCGGCAACCCAUGAAGAUUCAGUCAUAGUGCAGCAUGUGAACGACAUUCCACCGGGAUCCACUGAACAGCUGGUUUUGAUUGAUGUUGAGAUGCAUACAAGUCAGCAUAGCGUCAGUGUGCCUAGAGCCCCGCUGGUGACACGUCAAGUCCACAAAGUUGUACCCACCCUGGUCAGACGCCAUCUGUUGCAUAUUACUAAGACAGCUGCCUAUUGUGACUGGCACCCACAGGACUGCAUUGUCUUUUGUAAUAGAGCCAUUUGGCAUUUGCAUGACCUAGGACCGCGCCGCAUCACCCAUGGCAUGUACUUUCGCAUCAUUGUACCGCCGCCAGUGCAGGCCACGUGGGAGAUCAGCCAUGCCAUUCGAGUCUUCCACGAAGCCCAUGAGCUACUGGACUCUGCAGAUGCCUAUCGAGUUGCGGAGACUGUUCUCAAUGAAGGCCAACUCUGGCCGCAAGGAGGCGAACCUGCACCACAACCGAGUCAUCGGACAUGUAAAAGUGCUGAACUGGAUCAUGAAAUAGACAUUCCCAUGAUGCUGCCACCUCAUGUCCGUAUGAGAAGACCCCGACCGGUACAUGACGGAACUGAAACCUGGUUGCUGGAGCUGGGUCAGAUCUUCUCAGAGGAAGCUGAAGCAGAGACUGUAGAUGGUGAUGCAUAUCUUUACAUCCAAACAUGGUACAUUGAUCAUGCCAGACACAGAAUUUGCCGACGUCCCAGACCCUUGAGACUGGAACCACAAUCGGUAGUCUGGAUCGAUGAUUUCCGACAUGAAUGGAGAGAUGUGAUGGACCGUAACACUUUCUUCUCUAUAUAUGUCAUCAAACCAAAACCACCGCAAUAUCGCCACUUGGGAUAUGCAUGUCAUGUGCUCCUAGAGCAAAACCGACCAAGAGGAGGGGCUGCAGGCAUUCUCACUGCCCUGUUUGAAGGUCUUCCAAACGAUGCCAUGAUGCAAAGUGCUUAUGCCACGCCUCGAUUUCUCACGCAACAGGACUUAAUUGACUUGAUGGAAAUCACACAUAUCUGUGAUGGUCGACGAUGCAGAGCAUUCCAUUUCCGGGAACCUGUACAUAUCGUGCCAGCCACAGAAGUCAGUUCGGGUUUCAGCAUUAGUUUACACGUUGAUCCGCCUGUGAGUCAGAUGCCUAUCAGACCCAGUACACCAGGCUAUUUCGAUGAUCUCGUUCUGAUGCAAAAGCCGUUGCGUAGUGAUAUUGUACAUAUUGUGCCGUUAUUGCAGUCCUUUGUCCAUAAUCAGAUUGUUUGGAGUCACCCUGACAUCAACAAUCCUGAUCAGCAGUUCCGCACUUGGUCCGGCCUAGGCAUCGCUGUCCAAAUUCACACGGAUGGUGUUCAGGAUCCACCAGCUGAGGUCCAUGACCAUGCAGUGAACAUACCCACAAACCAGCAAGAAGGCGCAUUCACAUUCAAUCCCCAAGCUCUGCCGUUCCAGCCGGGUCUAGGCCUGACAGAAGCGUCGGAAUUUGUGCAAGAACUCCAUGAUCAAUGGACGAGAGUGGCAUUUUCCUGGGGAGAUGAAUUGGAGUAUGCAUGGUUCUUCACAUGGUUUGUGGACCAUCGUCAGAUGUUUCCUCGAUGCAUGGUAGGCCGUAUGGUUGCACUGACUUCUGACUUUAUGAAUUGGGAGCGUACCCUACAAGAGGCCUGGAGAGAUGUGCUGGAUCCCACACUCCGUCAAGAAAUGCAUGUGGUCACACCACAACCGCCAAAUCUUGAACCUGGCAUAGGAGGUCAUGUUAUCAUGAUUCAAGAGCCGCGUGAGACCUGGGUAACCAGCCUUGUUUCGAUCUUCGAUACAUUCAUAAGUGCCAGGGAAAACAACAUGAUGCGCAUGGCGAUCACAACUGAUGAGCAUAUCAGACUUGAGCAGAUUGUCUAUCAGUGUGGUUAUGCAUUGGUUGCAGGACAAAUUGAUCCAAAUGUGCCAUGUCAAGGUUGGAUUGAUGGACACCGUCUCCCAGCAGGCCAAAGAUGGCCUGGCCGCUCAGGUCAUGAAAUCACCUUGCGUGUCUACAGGCGAGUUGUACAGAUGCCGGUGUACCCAGAUGCGGAUGACACGGCCACGUUGAUGCAACUCCCUCAAGAACGCAAAGCCAUGGGCCACACAGCGCAAACCCUGCAGCUCCAUCAAUUGUUAUCCUUUCAGGAACCGGAAAGUUUCAUACGUUUGCAAGCUCAAUCAGCCUCCAGUCUGCAAGAUGAUUUUCUGAAGGCCAGAGAGAGGGAGCACCCAGCAGCAACUCAGGAUUGUACAACCAAACUGAUGAGAGCCAUCCGGUUGCUUGCUUAUUCUCCGGAGAGUGUUCCGCAAUUCAUUGAGGUGGAACACCAUGCUACAGAAGGAGAUGUUCGCUGUGAGUUGGCGUUAUGGUGCGACCUUCUUGCAAUGCCCACCUGGCACUGGCUGCCCGAUAUCGAUGUCAUGCUGUCUUUAGAGUUCUGGCAUGAACAAUAUCACUAUCUGUAUGUGGACACAGAUGAUAUGCCGUAUCAUUUCACAUUUCAUGAUGUGACGCAUUUGCCGAGAACUGAGAUUCAGCAUAUGAAAUGGUUGCACAGUCAGGGACACACCAGAGCAGUUGUUCUUCACAUGCAGCCGACAUCACAUGAUCAAGUACAAAUCAUCAAAUUCAAAGACCAACAGCCAAAAGUACCCAAAAUCACAGCGAGACAGGCUACACCAUGGCCUUCAAGAUUGAUAAAGAAGAGUUCCAUAGCUCCACUGUAUCGCACGACGGUCCCAGUCGAUAUCCAUUCCAACUGCACAUGGUCUAUUGGACUUGACCAGAUGCAAAUUGACAGCUUUUUUGACUCGGCGAAGCAGAUUCUGUGUAGGACCUUUCAAGGUUUGGAACUGCCAACACAUGUACAAGAAGCUCUGCGCCAUUGCCAGCCUCUAGAAAGACUGGACCGCAUUGUUAUUUACACAGAUGGUAGUUCACAGCCAGAGCAUCGUCGCAAACCACUUGCACGAGUGGAAGCAGAAGGAAAUGGCGACACAUGGGCAUUUCUCAUUCUUGGUGAGCAAUAUGUCGAUGACACCACCUCCAAGAUUAAUGUCAUUGGCUGGACGGCACAACCGGUGCUGUAUGAUGUAGAAGCAGCCCACUGUAUCGGAUCGUGCAUUGUAGGGUCAGAAACAGCCGAAAGAGAAGCCAUGUUCUGGAGCGGGGCAUGGCGCUUAGCUCAGAACUGUGACGUGCCGACCCAUUUUUGCACAGAUUCACGCACAGCUGGACGUCAAGCUAGUGGACUUGACAGUUCCAAUGUAGCAGAUACCUCAUUCAUCAAUCUCAGAUCCAUCUUCCAAUGUCUUGAAAGCAGCUUGCAAGAAGGAUUGGCUGUCACUCAUGUAAAGGGCCAUAGUUUGGAUCCGUGGAACGACUUAGUUGAUCUUCUUGCCAAGCAAGAGAGAGCCAAGAGCUUUUAUCAUCCAAGGCAAGCACUGGAUAUGAGAGUUUGGAAAAACUCAUUGCGACAUUUUUGGACUCAAUUUGCCAGCAAUGUAGGACUGCCACACUAUCUAGGGGAAGCCUUUGAUGUCAGACCGCCAGCACUUCCGCAGUCAGUACCAGCACCAUCGCCACUCAUGCACCUUGUCAAAGAUGAAGAAGUUUAUGUUUUGAUUGAUGCCAAUGCAGAGCCAGGACCCACUGAUGGCAUUCAUGUGGGUCCCAGACAGACCAAGACAUCCAAAUCCACCAAAUUUUUGCGCGAGUUCCUAGAAACGUGGAAGCUUGCUCUGCCCUGCACAUUUUCAUGUCAUUCAGGGUCCCAAGCUACGUGGACAACACCAGAUGGAAGAUCCCAGCAUUGUAUUGAUCACGUGUGCUUACCGCUGUCCAGACUUGGAGAUUGCAAGUUUUCUAGGAUUGUGGAGGAACUGGACUUAGGCAAUGGACAUCUUGAUCAUACAGCAACGGCCGUUGAGGUGGUCUGGCAACAAGUUGUACAGUUGCCUCUACGACGUAGCCGGAUUGCAUCCAUAUCUCGAGCGUCCAUCGAUGCCGCCAUGCAAGCUCCGCUUGCACACUAUGUUGUCCCGUCCUGGGAACAAGAUAUCCACACGCAUGUUGAAAAUCACAAUCAACACGUGCUAAAAACAUUGACCACACAUUGCGCAAAAACGCCGAAUGCAGCCAAGAAGAGUUUCAUCACACCUGACAUAUGGGAACUGAGGGCAUGUAAACUUCAGUGUCGACGUGUUGUAAAAGACAUUGCGCAGAGGUGCCGACAGGAAUUGAUCCGUGCCGUGUGGCUGGGAUGGAAACAGCAAUGUUUGCCGGAGAAGGAAGAUAUGUCCCACUAUGCACAAAUCUAUUUUCCAUACACGGUGGCACUCUCAUGUUGGCAGCUCCACCAAGGAGUGCAAUUGCAUGUCCUAGCAGUGAAUCUGAAGAAAGCGCUUAAGUGUGCCAGACUAAAAGCGGUUCAGAUCGACGUCAUGGCACUGCCAGAUGAAGUUGCUGCCAGUGAAGUUCUCAGGACAGUGAAGAAGCAUGUAGGACCCACCAAUCUCAAGAACCUGAAGAAACCUACACUUCCCAUGUUGAAGGACAUGUCAGGCCAUAUGUGUGUGCAUCCGGAGCAACUGCGUGAUGCCUGGAUAGACUUUUUCGGUCAGAUGGAAGGUGGGGUUCGAAUGACAUGGGAAGACCUCAUUGACAGAUGGAGAAGUUCCCUAGGUCAAUUUCAACAGUCGGAGGUCAGCCUAGGUCCCGAGGACGAAUCACUGCACCAUAAGGGCGGCACAUUAGUUCCAGCCUAUAAAGGCAAAGGACCCACAACUGAGCCUGCGUCAUACCGUUCCUUGCUCAUCAGCUCGCACAUGGGUAAAGUAUUACAUCGUACCAUUCGUCAGCAUCAAUCCAGCAUGUAUGAACAAUAUCUGUGUGCACAACAGUUGGGUGGCAGAAAGAAGGUCCCGGUGACCCUAGGUCUCCAUGAAGCACGUGCAUUCUUGCGUAAUGGGCAGCAACAGGGACUUUCUGUAGGACUCCUUUUGGUAGAUCUUACUGAAGCAUUCUAUCGAGUACUUCGACCGCUGGCUGUGGGCGACCAAUACUCGGAUGUCCAGAUUGCUCAAAUUGUCCACAAGCUUGGCAUGUCACCUGACACAUUGCAUGAGCUGCAUGAGCACCUGAAACAGCCAAGUGCUGUGGAGCAAGCACACCUUCCAUGCCACCUUCGUAAGGUAUUACAUGCAUUGCAUACUGAUACCUAUUUCCAAAUACAUGGACAGGAGGAUUGCUGUCACACAUCAGUAGGAUCACGUCCUGGUGACUGCUUUGCUGAUGUAGUCUUCAGUUACCUCUUUUCCAGAGUGCUCAAAGCAUAUCAACAAAAGCUUGCAGAAGCUGACCUGCAACAGGGACUCUUGCAAAAAGCCGGCAUAGUCACUUCGUUGCUCUUGGACACCCUGAAAGGGUAUGGCCUUACACCGAAUCUCAAGAAAGGCAAGACCGAACUCCUGUUCUCUCUCAGAGGUGGUGAAGGAGCGCACAUGUUUCGCCGACAUGGGCUGCUCUCCAGCAUCAGAUAUCUGUUUGAUCAUACAAGAUGUGAAGCAUGCAUGAAAGAAUACUACACCUAUGGAAAAUUACAUAACCACCUGCGCCACUCUCAUCAGUGUCGCAUCACUCUGCAGCGUCGAUUGCCUGAACUCCAGCCACAAGAGGGACACGGUUCUGUUGUGGAUAGAGCUCUGGAUCGUCAACACGAUGGACUCUUGCCGCCCAUGGCAAGUCAUGGACCCAGUCUGCCAGUGCCUCUGCCGAGAGACAUACAGGACUUUGACACAGAGUUCUAUGGAGAAUGUGCCGAGAUUCUGUUGAGUGAUCGCAGUGUCACUGCCAAGAAUGCAGCGGUUCGCACUAUGGCCUGUACCAAGACGUUGUCUUGGACCCAAUUUAGCCUGACACUUGACCGCUUCAAAACUCAUGUGCAACAUGCAGACCUUGAAGCCUUCCACAUGAGCAUGUCUGAUCUGGAUGAGAUGUUUGACGAUUUGCUCAAGGUGGAUACCUGGCCUUGGAUGAAGCAUGACCAAGCAGACUUGCAGGAAAUCCGACAGAUUCUCGUUGGGAAUCAGCUGAUGCACUUCUGCAUCACUAUGAUGACAGUGCUCUACAUCACUGGAGGAUGCGGCGCUUUGGAACAUCCUGCGAGACCACCCAAUGAGAAGUCUGCGUCCAUUUGGAACACGCCAUUGAUCAAUCUGCUGCUACAAUUGCCAGGAUUUCAUUUGUGGGAGUUUGCUCAAGGACUUCUUGGUGCGAUCACUGCGAAGCCCACCAUGCUCCUGUCGUUGAACCUGCCUUCAUUAGGACAGCAAAUUUGUGCAUGGCGAGUAGUGGACAAUUUGCCCAAAGGGGCUAGCAUUGGCCAGGGAAGUGACGGGAAAUUUCGCACAUUUGUGCUUAAGGAGUACCCCCCUGCCUUAUGUGGCGCGAUCGCCACAUCUUUCAUGCAGACACUCUGCACGGUGCCGGUGUCUGCUGUACAGAUCCCCUGUGAAUUUUUCGUGCGAUGCUCCACCAUGGAAUGUAAAGAGUACAGUGAGGAGCUUGGCCCAGAUUUCGCAGGUGGAGACAAGCAGGAACAACAGACCGUCUUCGACGAGUUCUUGGGCGUGAGGGGUUCCAGGUCCAGCAGGAUGACACCAUCUGAGCCAAGGAUCCAAAAGGCUUUGGAGAUGCUGCAGCAAGACGACACUGAUUGGUAUUUCAUUCCCUUGCUCUCCGAAAGCGACACGGACCUGUCGAGAUAUUCAGAGGAUGUGAAGAAACAACUCCAGAAUCUGGGAGGAUCCUACAUCUACGGUCCCAGCACCAUCUACAGCGGUCACUGUCCGCUGUACGCGGAGCUAGGGAAUGCCACCCAGAGACACCACGAAGAUAUGAAAGCCGUGAUGGAGGACCGUUUCGGGUGGCUCCUGGACAAUGUGAAACAAGUUCUCGCUGACGCCGUGGCACCGGAUCCGGUGGAGUGGAUGUCCUAUCCCUACAUCAAGAUGCACCGCGGUGACUCUUUGGACGGUCUGCCGGAGCACUUCCGACAGCUGGCGCUGCAAGUGGCGCCACCGCAUCGCGACCAGCAGUUCAUGAGCUACGUGCCCGAAGCCCUGCAGCCAACCGCGCAGACCUUGACUUUCACCUUGCCUCUGCAGGUCCCUAGCGGCGGAGCUGGGCUACGGGUCUUCGACGCCUUUUUGGAUAAGCCCAGUGGGAAGCUGCUGAACCAAGAGGGUAAGGAGCUGCCAAGCAGUGGGAAAGCCUACCAGAAACUGAUCAGAAAACUGAGCCAUGAGGACGUCGUGUACCUCCCAGGACGGAUGCUACUUUUCAGUGGUGACCAGCUGCAUGCGGUGAGUCCUUACCGAAAUCCCAUCUCCAGCGAUCGUCGCAUCGUGCUGCAGGGCCAUGGCAUUUUCCAAAACCACACAUGGUGGCUCUUUGGAUGA